AAAAUGGAGUUCUAAGGUAUAAACUUAGGCUUAGGGCUGUUGACAUGAAGGGUACUGCUGCCUUUAUUUUGUGGGAUAGAGAGUGCAUGGAACUAAUAGGAACAUCUGCCACUGACUUAUACGAGAGGAAUAAGAAUACUGCAGGUCCCAUAAAGGAAAUCACAGGAUUAGUUGGCAAGAUAAUGUUAUUUAGAAUUUCUGCAAAUACAGACCAAUUUAUCAAUCGGUCGUAUGCCUUUCCAGUUUUAAGGAUUAACAAUGACAGCAAGUUCGUUGAACAGUAUUGCAAGGAGCUGUUUGCUGCUCAUGACAAGGAAGUUAACUCUACGGUACAAUUAAGUGAUGGUGACGAUGAAUUCCUACAGGGAUUUGACAGUGAUGAAGGAGAGAGCCCGAUAGCUAUGCUGCCACCUAUGAAGAAUGCUGAAGCCUCUGAUGGAGCCGUCAAGAGAUGCCUGCUGGAUCAGUUCUCUUCCUCCAAGGGGUGCAAGAAAUUGAAGGACAGUAAACUCAAGAUGGAGAAGAUUAAUUGAAAAGAUCUUUUAUAAUGAACAUGGAUUGACUAUGACUCUGUUAAAAAAACUUGAUGUUUUGCUUGCAUUUACUUUUUAAGUAGACAAUUGGAUCUUUUGCUGUUUUUAUGUUCUGUUACUGUUUUCUAAUUGCUGUGUAUUCAACUGCUUGGAUGUCACUCUUUA